CGAGGGGGUGCGUGUGAGGUCAUUGUGCAACCGGGCGGGCAGGGUCGAGCGGUUUGAACGAGACUAAGACGGAACCGGAGCCAGGCGUGGGCAGUGGACGCCGUCCCGCCGAGAGCCGAAGAUGGCAGUGAACGUAUACUCAACGUCAGUCACCAGUGAUAACCUAAGUCGACACGACAUGCUGGCCUGGAUCAAUGAGUCUCUGCAGUUGAAUCUGACAAAGAUAGAACAGUUGUGCUCAGGGGAUGCCUAUUGUCAGUUUAUGGACAUGCUCCUCCCUGGCUCCAUUGCCUUGAAGAAAGUGAAAUUCCAAGCUAAGCUAGAACACGAAUACAUCCAAAACUUCAAAAUACUACAAGCAGGUUUUAAGAGGAUGGGUGUUGACAAAAUAAUUCCUGUGGACAAAUUAGUAAAAGGGAAGUUUCAGGACAAUUUUGAGUUUGUUCAGUGGUUCAAGAAAUUUUUUGAUGCAAACUAUGAUGGAAAAGACUAUGACCCUGUAGCUGCCAGACAAGGUCAAGAAACUGCAGUGGCUCCCUCCCUUGUUGCUCCAGCUCUGAACAAACCGAAGAAGCCUCUCAGCUCUAGCACUGCAGAUGAUAGCCCUAAUCACCCCAGCAGAAAAAAGACCCCAGUGAAGGACUUACUCCCAGCACAAAUGAUCGUGACUAAGAUCGCUCCACAGAGGCCCACUGCAACACACAGAACUACUACAACCCCUAAGGCCGGCCCGGGUGUGGUGCGAAAGAAUCCUGGUGUGGGCAAUGGGGAUGACGAAGCGGCUGAGUUGAUGCAGCAGGUCAAUGUAUUGAAACUUACUGUUGAAGACUUGGAGAAAGAGAGAGAUUUCUACUUUGGAAAGCUAAGAAACAUUGAAUUGAUUUGCCAGGAGAAUGAGGGAGAGAACAACCCUGUAUUGCAGAGGAUUGUGGACAUUCUCUAUGCUACAGAUGUGAUACCUGAUGAAGGGGGCCCACAGGAGGAACAAGAAGAGUACUAACAGCCUGGACAAGCAGAGCAACACCCCAACUCUUCACUCCAAAUCAUGUGCUUAACUGUAAAAUACUCCCUUUGUUAUUGUUAGAGGACUCACUGGUUUCUUUUCAUAAGCAAAGAGUACCUCUUCUUAAAGUACACUUUGCAGAAGUUUCACUCCUUUUCCGAUGAGUUUGAGUCAGGAGCUUUACCUUUUGGCAGAGCAGCAUUAACAUCCAGUUGGUUCACCUAGGGAGCAAGGAGGCUGACCGUGGGGCUCACCGUGUGGAUGCCGGUGACUCUGGUUGCUGAAGAAGGUGUUCAUGUAACACUCUGAGGUGGAGGCCUCAGGAGAGAAAUGUCAAGACUGGUUUGGAUUUUAAGCUAAUGUGAAAUCUUGGCAGAGAAUGUCAACGUUUUAAUAAAUAAAUGCCUUAAGAGUA